AUCUCCGAGCGCCUGGCUCGGGGUGGGGGGGCGCUGGGUGUGGGGCGGCUCCGGGGCCGGGGAUGGCGGCGGCCGCGGGUGCGGCGGCUCCGGGACGAACAGGAGAAGCCCUGGGAGCACUGUGAGAUGGGCCGGCUCCCAGGCCACCCGGGAGGACACGAACUACAGCUGCUCGGAAGCCCCCAGGGGAGCUCAGAUGUGGGCACCCCAGCCAGCAGCAGAGAGGGGUGCAGGGAAGCCACAGAGAAGUCCCUUCUGAUGCCCCAAGGAACAAGCCGACCCCUUCCAACCUCCAGGAACACCACAAAGCAAUAUGAAACCUGUUCAUGAGAGGAGUCAGGAAUGCCUUCCACCAAAGAAACGAGACCUCCCCGUGACCAGCGAGGAUAUGGGGAGAACUACCAGCUGCUCCACUAAUCACACACCCUCCAGCGAUGCCUCUGAGUGGUCCCGAGGGGUUGUGGUGGCGGCCGGGCAGAGCCAGGCAGGAACCAGAGUCAGCCUGGGAAGUGAUGGAGCUGAGGCCAUUACUGGUCUGACGGUGGACCAGUAUGGCAUGCUGUAUAAGGUGGCUGUGCCACCUGCCACAUUCUCACCGACUGGCCUCCCAUCCGUGGUAAACAUGAGCCCUUUGCCCCCCACGUUUAAUGUAGCGUCUUCACUGAUCCAGCAUCCCGGAAUCCACUACCCCCCGAUUCACUAUGCUCAGCUCCCAUCCACCUCACUGCAGUUUAUCGGGUCUCCUUACAGCCUUCCCUAUGCUGUGCCACCAAGUUUCCUACCGAGUCCUCUCCUUUCUCCUUCUGCCAACCUCACCACCUCUCAUCUCCCACACUUUGUGCCAUAUGCCCCCCUCCUGGCAGAGGAGGCCGCUCCCUCGCCCCAGGCGUCAUCCCCCGCCCACUCAUUUAACAAAACCCCUUCUGCCACCUCCCCAUCUGGGCAGUUGCCACAUCAUGCGAGUACGCAACCACUGGACCUCGCUCCAGGCCGGAUGCCCAUUUAUUAUCAGAUGUCCAGGUUGCCUGCUGGGUAUACCUUGCAUGAAACCCCUACAGCAGGUGCCAGCCCAGUUCCAGUUCUUACCCCUCAGGAGGGCCAGCCCGCUCUGGAAACAGCUUCUGCCAAUGGAGGACAGAGGCGAGAACGAAAUUUGUUAAGACGAGAAAGUGAAGCCCUCGAGUCCCCCAGCAGCAAGGGUGAAGGCCAAGGACUGGUGCCAGUGGUGGAGUGUGUGGUGGACGGACAGUUGUUUUCAGGUUCUCAGACUCCACGGGUGGAGGUGGUGGCGCCGGCACAUCGAGGAACCCCAGACACGGAUCUUGAGGUGCAGCGGGUAGUUGGCGCUUUAGCUUCUCAGGAUUAUCGCAUGGUGGCAGCUCAGAGGAAGGAUGAACCUAGCCCCCUUAACCUGUCCCAUCAUACCCCUGACCAGCAGGGUGAGGGGCGAGGGUUAGCCAAGAACCCUGCAGAGCUGACAGAGAAAAAUCAGGCCCGUGGGCUCUAUCCUCAAUCCCAUCAAGAAGCGGUGAAACAUAGACCUUUACCCAAAGCAAUGGUUGUAGCUAAUGGCAACCUGGUGCCCACUGGAACUGACCCAGGCCUGCUGCCUGUGGGCUCGGAGAUCCUGGUGGCAUCAAGUCUGGACAUGCAGGGCAGAGCCACCUUCCCAGACAAGGAGCCAACGCCACCCCCCGUUACCUCCUCCCACUUGCCCUCCCAUUUCAUGAAAGGCGCCAUCAUCCAGCUGGCUACAGGGGAGCUGAAGCGGGUGGAGGACCUCCAGACCCAGGAUUUUGUGCGCAGUGCCGAAGUGAGUGGGGGGCUGAAGAUUGACUCCAGCACGGUUGUGGACAUUCAGGAGAGCCAGUGGCCUGGAUUUGUCAUGCUGCAUUUCGUGGUCGGUGAGCAGCAGAGCAAAGUGAGCAUCGAGGUGCCUCCUGAGCACCCCUUCUUUGUAUAUGGCCAGGGUUGGUCCUCCUGCAGCCCUGGGCGGACUGCACAGCUCUUCUCUCUGCCCUGUCACCGGCUACAGGUGGGGGAUGUCUGCAUCUCUACCAGUUUACAGAGCUUGAACAGUAACUCCGUUUCUCAGGCCAGCUGCGCUUCGUCAGGCCAGCUGGGGCCCCGAGAAAGGCCUGAGAGGACAGUCUUGGGACCCAGAGAGCUAUGUGACAGUGAGGGGAAGAGCCAACCAGCAGGAGAGGGCUCCCGUGUGGUAGAGUCCUCCCAGGCUGAGCCUGGUGCUCAGGCCUGCUGGCCAGCUCCAAGCUUCCAAAGAUACAGCAUGCAAGGGGAGGAGGCACGGGCUGCGCUGCUCCGUCCCUCUUUCAUUCCACAGGAGGUAAAGCUGUCCAUCGAAGGGCGUUCCAAUGCGGGAAAAUGAACAUCUUCUCCAGACCAGGCAUGGGGAUGUAACCCCAGCGCUGGGCCUCACCAUAGGCAGGCAGAGGAGUUGCACACGCUGAGCAGGGAAAGGCUCUCUGGGGGAAAGAGGAGGCAUGGAGAUAGCCUCUCCAGGUGGGACCCGUUGCUCAUUGCCCCCAUGGCAUCCUUUCAAGACAGCCCCAGAGGGUGCUGUGUCGGAGCACAGCAGGCCUGAGCCAAGAAAGGAACGGGGUGCACACAGAAUAAGAAACAUUCCAAAACCAGGGCCUCCCUGUUCUUUCCUCUCCAUCCCUAGCUCUGGUGAGGGAAAGUACAGGCUUUGGGAGCAGGUGGCAGAGGGAGGCAGAAGAGAAAGAGCCAAAAAUGAUGAUCCACAGCUUAUAGUAGCAGUUAAACUGUCUGAAGUUUUUGUUUUUUGGUUUUUUUUUUUUUCUUCAUUUCUUUGGUGGAGGGCAGGAGGCCCAAUGGUUGGAAAUAAGAGGGUUCCCACCCAGGACCCGUCUUGUGAGCAAUGUGCACUUUAAAGGGUGAUUUUGUUACAGACGUCUGUGGCUGGGUUUGUUGGGGUGGAGCGCUGUCACCUAAAGGACUCUGCUUGAGCCUCUGCUCCAGCCCUUUCCUAUCUCUUCCUCACCAUUCCUACAAGGCUUCUAGGGAGCCGAAAGAGAGAGAGAGAGGCCUCUCCAGGGUUCACUGAAAGGGUUGGAGAACUCUGAGACAAGGACUUGAUAGCUGGGUGAUGUUGGGGCUCCAGGCAAGGCCUCUGGAAAGGUGUCUGGCCUCACAAAGCUCCUCCCACACAGCAUGCCAAGCAAGUGAUGGAGCGCCUCGUUGGUAAAUGGUGACUUUGGAAAGAACCAGUGGAGCCUCUCCCCCAGGCACCCAUCCCCCUCCGACCUCUGUGUGUCGUGCCUAAGUGCCUGCGCUGCCCCCACCCUUUUGCUGCCCUGACCCUCUGCAUGUGUUGUGCCCUGGGCGUCAUUUGUGGCUGCACUGCCUCUCCUUUGCAAAGUUGACUGUCCUCCAACCAAGACCUCUGAUUUGCUUCUCAGCUAUGCUCUCUGGUUUUGAAAACUCAAAAUCAUGUCCCCUCCUCUGCUGCUGCUGCCAAACAGCUUGGUGGAGAACCAAGAAGGGAACUAUGCCCUGAGCCAGGGCAGAUGCCCCCACUGGGCAGUGCCCAUCCUGGCACUUUUCCACAGCCAUUCCCAACUUAAUCCACUGACUCUCAUACCAUUCAGAACUCUGCAAGCUGUGCCCUCUCACCGCCAGCUCCAAGGUUCCAGGAUGUCCUUGAUAAUAUUUCAUUGCCUGAAGUAGAUUUCGUCUCGUGAUGGUACUUGCCUCUGCAAAGAGUAUUUUCCAUCUUAUUUGCAUUUACCCCUGUACAUCUUUUAGUAUCAGCUUUGAGUGUGGAAUUCCACUGGGUAUUGGGAAUUAAGCUCUUCCAUCAACUUAGGUGGGUGACUUUUUGUUUGUGUUUGGGGGAUUGGGUCUUUAGACUCUUGAAGGCAACUCAGGGUAUUGUCUUACACCCAGCCCUCUGGUUAGGCUUCUAGGGUAUGACCCUGGCAUUUCCUUCAUAAAUUUACCGGGACUGGCUGAGAUCUGAUGUCUGCUCUGUCAAAGACUUUAGGCAAGUCUUGUGACCUUGCUCUUUCACUUCCUCCCCAGCUGCCAAAUGGGGAUAAAUAAUCUUACCUACCUCCUGGGAGGAGGGGAAGUUCUGAGAAUGGAGUCAUUCUUAGUGUUCAGGUGCUAAAGGUUGUUCUCCUGGGGGAACAGUGACUGUAUCUGCUUGUUUGCUACAAGCCCUACACUCCACUCUUGAUUUCUUGAGAGCCAGUUACCUGGUCAGUCAGCUUUUGGGGUCCAUCCAAGGAAGCCAUUGGGUCUGACCAUGAGUACUCACUCUCCACUUCCUGUCAGAACCAACACCAACCUUGUGCUGCAUUGUGAUCAUGCCCUUUCCUUCUUCUGUUCCCCAUUCUCUCUGAAUGCUGCUUUCUUGGGCUUGUUCCCUCCAGUGGGGCCCUGUGGGGUUGGGUCUGGAGGAAAACCCCUCAGAUAAGAGCUUUGGGGAAGCCCUCUUUCCCUGGCUGUCUCAUGAGUAGCUCUUCCCUAAGGAUAAUUGUACGGGUUUCUGACAAGCAUCCUUCCUUCUGGGAAGGCUCAUUGAAUCUAGCGACAUGCACACAGAAGAUGCUCAAGAAAUGUCCUCCAAGGACAACUAACAGCUUCCUCCUAUGGGAGCCAACCUAUCUCUUAACCAGGUUCAGGCCAGAUAGGUUAGAUCAUGUCACCCCCCCUGAGGCCAGUUGUGACUUCCCAGCCUGGGAACUUCUGCGUAACCCUGGGAAGUUGGUCCCCGCCUUCUGCUGCUGCUUCCCAUGUUCCUUGCUGGAGAAGCAACGCCAGCAGCUCCCCUGAUGCUGUGCCAUGUGUACAGAGUAUAAUACUUGAUUUUGCUGAGUUGGAAAUCUGUCUUUCCUGAAGUAGGAUUGCUUUAGGCAAAGGAGCUCUGUGCUGUACAUCUUGGUCAGAGCUGGUAUCAUUUUUGCCUUUACUCUGUUCAGUCUUUUCUUCCAGGCAUGAGAAGUAAGAAUCAGUGGUAUGCCCAUGCUUCUUCAUGCUAAUUUCCUAAGUUUGCAAGAGACAGAGUGGUUUUAAUGGGAAGGAAGAGGUCAGCUUUUGACGAUGGCUAAAGCCAGUCCCUUGUCAGGGUGGGACAUUCUCAGAGUUGCGUGUGGAAAGGAGUUACCAGUAAUGCUGGCACUGUGCAGAAAUGCUGAUACUGAUUUGGGAGAAGAGGAACCUGGUAAUGGAAUCACAAUAAUCCCAAUCUUGUAUCAUCAUUUCUAUUAAGACUAGUGUCUGAGGGAGGGGUGGCAUGAAAGAAGGGGCUCUGGGAAUGAAGAACCAAGCGCAUGAGGCCAAGGGGAUGGGGGUGUUCGUUAGAGAUGGCCUAACCCUUCUGCUCUCUUGGUCCCAGUGGGUUGCAACACCAAGAGCUUUGUGCUAUGCUGCUUUGCUACUGCUGCUCGGUGUCUUGCCUGCUGCCUUCUCUAACUCCCAGUCCCUCCAUGUCUUCAGUCAUGUAGAUUAAAUCCAGGCCUCCUGUUCGUUCUUCCCUCUGUUCUGCCAGUGUUAUUUUAUAGCAGUCAUGUCAGAUGGGGAUGGUAGGAAAUGCUGCUGGUGAGCUGGUGAAUCCAAAGGGAUAUGGCGUCAGUGCUGUCAGGAGCCUUGUGGCUCUAAAGAUUUGACUGUAUUGAAGGAAUAAGUGGGUCUUGCAAGUAGGUUUUCUGUUGUAUUUACUUAUUUCCUUUGUGGUUUCUUGUGUGCUGUUUUAAUAACUAAGGGAGGGGUACCACCGCACCUGUGCCAGUAUUCUAGUGAGUAUGUCUAGCUCAAGUUGUGGGUUUGGGGUAGAAGAGGGUUUGAAGUUUGACUAGCCCCUUUGGAGGAGUUUAUUUAUAUUAUUGCCAGUGGGCAUCAUAGGUGAUUAUGGGGGUGCAUAGGAUGGUGGCAUGAGUGAAAUUGGCUGUAUACAGGCAUCCUGAAAAGUUGAGUGAUCACACUGGAGCUAAAGGCUGGAUAUGGGGAUUACUGGGAAAGGGCCGGGGUCCUUGGAGUAAAGAUAGUCUAGUGAACUGAAUUGGCCAUCGGAGAUUAGGUCACAGUCUUAGAAGCAAAUAGAACAGAGGCUAAGUUCCAGGGAGAUAGCUUAGCCUCCUAGGGCUAAGUUUAUUUAACACACUGAAGCUACAGUAGUUUCCAGAUGGGAAAAAGGAAACACUACAGUUAGAGACCUGACCGUACUAGGUUGGAUGUUUUGAUCGGGAACCUAUUAGUCCUUUGCUGGGAGGUCACCCUCCAGCUUCCCUGGGGUAGGGAAGGUCUCCCACAUUAUGCAAUAAUAAAACAAGCAUCUGGGUCUUUGCAGCUGUCAGUUGUUCUUUCAACUCCAGGAUCCAGCUUUGGGCCAGAAGGCUGGUCUGGGCCUAGGAGGACACUGGCCUCGAGAUGCUCGAGCAGCUGCACACUUUCCUGCCGACUAUGCACAGCGCCGGGGCGGAAGGAGGAGAGGUGGCAGUUGGCUCUGUUGAGCCUCCCCAGCAGGAACAGUAGUAAUAAAUGCACUUUUCUCACACUAAGGUUUCUUUAUUUGUUCACCUGUUAAGCCUAGCUCCUUCCCCACUAGAUUGCAAACUCGAAGUCUGUGUGAUCCCAAAGCCAUUCCACUGCACAUGCCCAGCAGUGAGAAUGGCCUCAGAUUGGGUCCCUGUCUGCAGUGUGUGUGGCAGCAGCCCAUGUGCCUUUACCUAUUGUCAAACUUGCAAGCAUUUAUUCUGUCUUUCUGACUAUCAUGAGGACUGAGGCUCUUCAGAGAGAAAGAGCAAACCGAUGACAGUGGUUUUACACCUACCCUUGGACAGGGAGUUUGCACAUACUUGUGAGCUGUGAGUGGUUUGUGCACUGCUGGUGUCACUGAAGGCAGGUUGAUCUCGCUUGGUAGUCACAGUCAAGAGAAUCUCGAUUGUGUUGGGGAAGAGACCAGCUCUACUCAUGGCUAACUUGAAGUAUUAAAAUAAGGCUGUCCCUACAAGUUUCCUAGUCAUACAGGAUCCCUGUAGCCAAAACAGUGGAAGUUCCAGCUGCAGAGAGUAGACUGCUCUCAGCUUGCACAGCACCUUAGGGGAGGGAAGAAUAGACAGAUCAGGGAUGGGGUGGAGAAAGAAGGAUGGGAAUGUUGUCAUCUAGGUGGCUUUAGGGUCCUGAGGAAUAGAGAAGGACGGCACUUGGGGAGGUGUGGAUGGAUCUGUGUAGGAGUUCCCUGUAGAUAAAUUUCUGAUCCCCCAACUACUAUCCCCAGUAUGUAAUGGCUGACUUAAUAUGUAAUCAACUGCAUUGUAUCUAAAGCCUUAGAACUAGUCAGGUGCUCCCCCCCACCCAAUACCACUUCUUACCCUCUAAUCCUACCUGAUCUUUAACAAAGCAUUAAUAAUUCUAAGGAUAAUCUCUAUUUUGUUGUGCUUUUUUGUAACUGUUUUAAAUAAAUCAAUUUGUACUGUAUAUUUGUACUUUUGUGAGAUCCUUUUUGCUGUUUUACCAUUUUAAGUCUCUGUACUUGGCUACACACAGAUUGUAUUUUUAUUGUUAAUGCUCUUCUUAUGGAUACCUGCAUUUAACUUGUGGACUAUGUAAACACAAUAUAUAUCAAUAUCUAUAUAUCUAUAUAUCUAUCUAUAUAAA